GACAAGUGAGGGAAAGAAUGAAUUAUCACGUCACACGUGGGAGACAAAAAAGGGCACUGAUAAAUUAGUUGGGUGGAAGUAUGACGAAUUUCAAGGGUUGGAGGGUGUGAAAUUUCGAUGGAGUGCGAUCCCUUUUUUUUUUUUCGCGCGAGCAUUUGCGUAAUAAGCUGUGGUAGACGCCAGCGUCGUAAUCCAGAAUGAAGCAGGGAUGUACGAAGAGGAGGCGCGCAUAAAACUGACCGGCGCUAUGGCAGGUGCCAUCAGUCUCGGUUCCAACGCGGGACAGACGUUUGUUACGCGUUUCCUUGGCAAGUGGAAUCGUACUUCGAAACAAUUCAAACGACGAUCACCAAGUUCUUUUCCCAAAUGUAUUCGAACAUAUUCGAGUGAUCACACAUCAUCGAGGUGAAUCGGUAAUUGAAUAGUAAAAGUGAGUGAAAGAUACGUAAAUCGAGAUCGUACGUAAAUCGAUUUGAGCAAGGAAACGCAAUGAACACAUAAAAAAGAAAGAAAAGAAAGAAAAGGAAAGAGAGAAAAGAAAAGAAAAAAAGAAAGAGAGAAAACAAAAGAAAAAAAGAAAGAGAGCUAGAGAAAAGAAAAGAGAACACGUAUAGAGAAGGUAUUUCAACCUAAGUAUUUCUUUGCUUGCGAAUGACUUUUAUUUCGUCUGUAAUCCCGAUAAAUGGCGGUGAAAAAUGUCACGAUCAUGUACACACGCUUUAACCGAGAACGUGCUUAAUCAAACAUGAGUCUCAUUGGCACGCACUAGCCCGUCUCUCCUUCGAAUUACAUUCCAGCAAUUAUCAUGAACAUCGAUGAGUUUCAAGUACGCGGCAAGGAGAUGAUCGAGUAUAUUUGCGAGUACCUCCGCACCUUGGAGGGGAAGAGGGUGACAGCGAACGUGGACCCAGGCUACUUAAGGCCCCUUCUUCCGAAAGAGGCUCCGGCGAAAGGUGAACCAUGGGAUGCCAUAAUGAGGGACGUCGACAGCAAAAUAAUGCCCGGGAUCACACACUGGCAGCAUCCACGUUUUCACGCGUACUUUCCAGCGGGCAACUCGUUCCCUUCGAUCCUCGGCGACAUGCUGUCGGACGCAAUCGGCUGCAUAGGUUUCUCUUGGGCGGCGAGCCCGGCCUGCACGGAACUGGAAACCAUUGUACUCGACUGGUACGCAAAGGCGAUAGACCUUCCGCCGGAGUUCCUAGCCGAGCAUAAAAGCUCGAAAGGCGGUGGAGUGAUACAAGGUUCAGCCUCCGAGUGUAUUUUGGUCACCAUGCUCGCGGCACGAACCCAAGCGAUUCGAACCUUGAAGGAGCAAGAUCCCAACACCGAGGAUUCGGCCUUUCUACCGCGAUUGGUUGCCUACUGUUCCACGGAGGCUCAUUCCUGCGCCGAGAAGGCAGCGAUGAUCUGUCUGGUGAAGCUUCGAGUUUUGGAGCCGGAUGAGAAAGGCUCCUUGCGAGGUAAGCGACUGGAGUCAGCGAUCCGGGAAGACGUGGCGAACGGUCUGGUCCCGUUCUUCGUCUCGACCACUCUUGGUACCACCGGAUCCUGUGCGUUCGAUAAUCUAGUCGAGAUUGGGCCAGUGUGCAAACUGUAUCCUAACAUUUGGUUGCACGUGGACGGUGCUUACGCCGGGAACGCGUUCAUUUGCCCGGAAAUGAGGCCGUUGAUGACAGGCAUCGAGCAUGCAGACUCGUUCAACACGAAUCCCAAUAAGUGGUUGCUUGUCAACUUCGAUUGUUCCUGUCUUUGGGUACGGGACCGAGUGAAGCUUACGUCAGCGCUCGUCGUCGAUCCGUUGUACCUUCAGCAUGCUAGAUCCGGCGAAUCGAUCGAUUAUCGUCACUGGGGGAUCCCUCUGAGCAGACGAUUCAGAGCGUUGAAACUGUGGUUCGUAAUGAGGUCGUACGGGAUCACAGGAUUACAGAAAUAUAUAAGGAACCACAUCAGACUGGCGAGACGGUUCGAGACACUGAUGAGGAGGGACAAGAGAUUCGAGAUCACUAACGACGUGAGAGUCGGUCUGGUUUGCUUCAGACUGAAGGAGAACGACGAGAUUAAUCAAGAACUAUUGGCGAAUAUCAAUGCAUCCGGUAGGCUUCAUAUGAUCCCAGCUAGAGUGAUGGGGAAGUACAUCUUGAGAUUCUGCGUAAUUAAGGAGAAUGCUACCGACGACGAUAUCGAUUACGCCGUGGACGUGAUCGAAGAACACGCGACAGAAGUGAUGCUCGCCCAUUACGAAGGUACGGAAGACGAAUUCAGGGCGAAGGGGCCAAAGAGUCCCGCUGCCUUGGACAAGAAGCUGGUACGAAAGUUCAGCUUCACCAGGAGCGUGACGAGGGACGUGUACAAAAGGUCCAUUUCAAAAUCGAGCCUCCACGACGGUGCUACGCCCAUCAUGGUCGUCGAUGAUAACUCGCAGGUCGAUACCAUUGAGGAAGACGUGUUCUGCAACAGCAGGUCGUGACGAUCCCGAUGAUGAUACCCAGAUGAUUCGUGAUUUAUGUGAUAGGAGUGCGCCUCUCUCGAAACCGGCCGAUUUCUCGUUUGGAAUAUCACAGCUUCAUGAAUCAUGUCGUUGUCUUUUUUAGGGAACGGAGCAAAUUUUGCGCACCGAGAUAAGUUUCUUUCAAAUAGAAAGAAAAUCUGAGAAUCAUUUAUCGAGAGUGAUUAAUAAAGAAUAUUCAAAGGGCGUUCUCGAUCUGGUGCUUUGAACGUUGGGCUAUCGUUUCAGACGUUGAUAGACUUAUUUGCCGAGAAGGUUUACUGGUGGAAACGUUUUUUCAAGAAGUUGGCAAAUCAUUUGGGAAUUUGCCUUUCCACGCACGAUUUUAUGCAACGUAAGUGCAACUGGAAUUUAUUUUCAUAAUUUAUUUCGCGAUCAACCAAAGCAAGAGACCAUGUGCUGACGAGAAUGAUUGUUAGAAUGAAUUAUUUCCUAAUUUUGCAACUGAGAAACGGUAUAGUAAACAUGCCAGAUAAAAUAGGGGAGAAAUAAUUGUACGUAGUAUAAGCAGUUUAUCAAUUCGUGUAACAAUUCAGAGCGUAUUAAAAAAGGAAAAAAUAUGAAUACGUAGCUAGGCAGAAAUAAGACUCACUGUUAAGUACAUCGAUUGUCUCUCUUAGGCUAUUAAUAGAUAUAAUAUUAAAUUGUUUCAUGAACGAAUUAUGUACGAAUGAAGAAUUAGCUUCCGAUUAGAUUACUGCAAAUUAGAUACGAAAUGAAGACCUAAACGUUUCCGUUUUGAAAUAUUCUCAGUCGACAAUGAUCAUAAUGUUAGAUCGUUUACUUUGGGUGUUUUACUUCUGGAGAAGAUCGAUUCCAGUUGUAAGUCGCAUUGAUAUUUUAAACGCGUUUGGAUUUUUAUCCAGUACAAUACAAUGUAGAUCAUAUUAGUGACUAUUUAUUUCGUAUGUAAAAUUUAACGUAAUAAAAUUGAAGUUCGUAAAACAA